AUGGAUAAGAACUACGAGUAUUGCGGGAAUGUGAGCACCAACACUGCAACACACCAACACACCAACACUGCGGGAAUGUCAGAGCCAACACUGCCAAACACCUACACACCAACACAGCGGGAAUCUGAGCACCAACACUGCAACACACCAACACACCAACACAGCGGGAAUCGGGAAUCUGAGCGCCAACACUGCCAAACACCUACACACCAACACAGCGGGAAUCUGAGCGCCAACACUGCCAAACACCUACACACCAACACUGCGGGAAUCGGGAAUCUGAGCGCCAACACUGCCAAACACCUACACACCAACACAGCGGGAAUGUGA